AUGCCUAGAGCCAGUCAAACACCCUCUAAAACCAAAUCAUCAACCAAGGCUAAAGAAAAAACCAAAAUCAUAAAGCCCAAAUCCAAGAAAAAUACCAAGCCAUCAAGGGAACCCACACCCACACCUACUCCCUAUCCUUCGAUAUCCUCCACUAUACCUACAUUAUCAUCCCAUUUUCCUACUAUUCAUGAUGCUCAUAUCAUUCUUACCUCCACUGUAUCCCCUCCUCCAAAAACAACCACCCAUGCACCUGAGCUUCCUGCGACAAUUACCUCUAAGUUCACAAAUGUCAAAGCUACUCCAAGAAAAUCUAUCAAGAAAGUGCCUGAUGCUGCUACGCAGGGUAACAUUAUAGCCAAGGAAUCUGUGGUUCAGGGGGAAUUAGUGCUAGUUACUACUAAUCAGGUACAACAUCCUCCCUCUAAAUUAGAUGUUUUGUUGUCUUCCAUAGAUGCUACAUCCCUAGAUACUCUCCUACCCACGAGUGAGAAGCCACCAGUGAAGGAAUUCACUGUAGAAACGGGUGCAGGGGAUAUGGGGAAGGAGGUAGAUACAACGGCUGUGGAGCCUGUGGUUGAGGGUUGGACUGAGGAUGAGGAAGAUGAUGGGGGUGAAAAAGAAGAAGAAGUUGUGAACAGUCAUGAGGAACAUGAUACUCAAAACAUAUCCAAUGAAGAAAAAAAGAGUGAGAAUAAGGGAGCAUAUGGAGAUGAGAAGGAGAGUGAUAUAGAGGAUAAUACAGGUGAACAUGCUAAUGAUUCUACAAAAGAAGAAAAUCAUAGUGAAGAAGAGGAGGUUUAUGAAACCCGUUCAGAAGAAACUAGUGAAGAGAAUAGGGCUCAAGAACCUGAGUCUCUAUUAACUCCUUUCACUGGAGAUGAAGAAGUUAGCAGUGAUAAAGAUGAUGUGCCACUAUCUAAGGAGUCUAGAAGUGCAAAGAAGCCAAAGAAGAAGGUUUCAAUUGUGGAAUCUGUUGUUGAGGUGGAUGGAGAAGAUGAAUCUGACACUGCCUUGCCAGCAAAGUCUGCUACACCAAAGAAAAAGGGUGCCAAAUUUGUCAACUACUGCAUUCUUCAGAGGUCUGAGAGAAGGCAUAAAGCUACUUUGCUGGACAUGGUUGUGAUGGAGCUGCUCGACACUGGUAGACCUAUCAAUAUACCUAGCCUGAUGAUUCAGCACAUGGCAAGAGCUGCAGAUACUUCCAAACCCCAAGCAUGCUAUGCCUUAUGGUUUCAUGUUGACUGA